UCAGUUGUGCUGUAUUAUGUUGACCGUUGACUUGUUGCCAUUAUUUAGAUGAGGUGUACUAUCUUUGCACCUCACUUUACCUCUGAGAUAAUUUAUCACUUCAUCCUUCCGUCUUCACUCCAUUAUUCAGACCCUGUCUGUCUACAAAUUUCACCUCCAACAACCGUUCACCCAGCCACGGCGGCGGCGGCGAGAGAGAAGAAAAGCAGGCAGUUGCAGACGAUGGGGUCAUUGGGAUGGGAAGAGACGGUGAGAAAGGCGGAGAAGCUGGUGGAGGAGGCCAUGAAGGAGAACGACGCGUCCCACGACGCUGCUCACGUGUGGCGGGUCCGAGACCUCGCUCUCUCUCUCGCCCGCGAAGAAGGCCUCUCUUCCAAUUCCGACUCCAUGCAAAUUAUAGAAGUGGCUGCACUUCUCCAUGAUAUAGGUGAUUACAAGUACUUGAGAGAUCCCUCAGAGGAAAAAAUUGUUGAGAACUUUCUCAAUGAGGAGGGCAUAGAGGAGACUAAGAAAAUGAAGAUUAUAACGAUCAUCAAGGGAAUGGGUUUCAAAGAUGAGCUUGCAGGAACAAAUAACGAUUUUCCUCCAGAAUUUGGCGUUGUUCAAGAUGCUGAUCGUCUUGAUGCAAUUGGUGCUAUUGGAAUUGCUCGUUGCUUUACUUUUGGUGGAAGUAGGAACAGAGUGCUACAUGAUCCUAAGAUUCUGCCACGAUGUGACUUAUCUAAGGAAAAUUACAUGAAAAAGGAUGAGCAGACUACUGUGAAUCACUUUCACGAGAAGCUUCUUAAGCUAAAGGCUUUGAUGAAAACAAAGGCUGGGCAGAAGAGAGCUGAGAGAAGGCACAAGUUCAUGGAGGAGUUUCUUGUAGAGUUCUAUGAAGAGUGGGAUGGGAGAGCUUGAACGAGAACUUAUCAACUUCGCUCCUGGAGCGGAACGUGCUUGAAGAUGCGGGCUAUAAUAUUCAAACCAACUGUAUGACAAAAUAUAUUUUAUAGCAUGGGUCUUUUCUCAUAGGACUGUACUAUGUUGGUGGAUACCAAGGAAGUCAAUUACCGCUUUGAUGAGUAUCGUACGAAUAGGUACUAGGUUGGUUAGAAUUAGAACCCUCUUUCCUGCAUUGAAGCAUAAGUAAUCAAUUUAAUGAGAAUAUGAGAUCUGUGGAUGGAAUUUAAA